AUGAAAGACGAAAGUCAGUGUGUGGAAGACAAAAGCCAGUGUAUACGUAGCGAAGACAAAAGUCAGUGUAUAAUAAAGUGUAUGGGAGAUAAAAGUCAGUGCAGGGAAGACAAAAGUAAGUAUAGGGAAGACAAAAGUCAGUGUAGGGAAGAUAAAAGUCAGUAUAGGGAAGACAAAAGUCAGUGUAGGGGAGAGAAAAGUCAGUGUAGGGAAGGCAAAAGUCAGUGUAUUGAAGACAAAAGUCAGUGUGUCUGA